AUGGCCGGGCCAGAUGCGCCUCCGCCUCCGGACCAGGACAGCAACUCUGGCGCAAGUUGCGAUGACGGCGAGGCAGUCUCCAGCCCGGACGACGAUGCGGCCCACAGCAAUAAUGCCAUCGAGACUGGCGAUAACCCUAAGAAGCGCAAGAGGGACAAGUAUCAGAAAACAUCAUGUGAAUUGUGCAAAGCUCGCAAAGUCAAGUGUGAUCGCGCAGAACCGGCCUGCUCCUGGUGCGCACGUCACAACCGGACAUGCAUCUACCUCGAGCGUCAGAGGCCAGGGAGCCGAAUCGGCUUCGGCCUGGAGCUCGAGGCCAAGGUCAACCGCAUAGACGCCCUCCUUCAAUCCCUCGGUCGCCGUCUCGAGGACCACAUCGACGCUCACCCACCGCCGCCGGGCCCAGCGUCGUCACCAUCCGUCCUCACCGAUGCCGCCCAGUCCAGCGUCGUCGCCGCUGCUACCGGCGCCAGGGGGGGAGGACCGCCCGGAUCGGCAGCACCGGCACUCGUGCCCGCCCUCGCAGCUGCUGGCACGGCAGCGGGCGGCGGCGGCAGCGGCAGCGGCAGCGGUGGUGCGCACUCGGUCGGCACGCCCAGCUCCCAGGCCACCACGACCAACGCCUACCCCGGCACGACGGCCUACUGGGCCGCUGCCACCGACGCGGCCGAUACACCGCAGUACGGCAGCGCUCCGCAACCACCGGCCUCGACGACGCUGUCCAAGGCCUCCCCGUUCGUCCACCCGGGCCAGCCUACGUCGUCACCCGGCACGGGAAGCCUGAUGGGCAGCAUCGGCAUGGCCGGCCCGCUGCCGCCCCCGGUCCCGUCGCUGCCACCGCCGCUGACGGGCUUGCCACCCCAGGACGUCGUGUACACGCUGGUGGACCUGUACUUCAAGCACUGCAACACGUGGUGCCCGAUACUGGACCGCAAGACCACCUUUGGCGUCUUCUUCGGGGCGACGUCGAUGACGGAAGCGGAGCGGAUCCUGCUGCACGCCAUCGUGGCCACGACGCUGCGCUUCCUGCGCGACACCCGGCUCUCCCGCGACGCAAAGAUUCACUACCACUCGGUAUCGCGGCGGGCCGUGCUCCAAUACGCCAUGGACAGGGUGAGCAUCGACGCGCUCAAGGCGCUGGUGAUACUCUGCCUGGACGAGCUGGGCAACUCCAACGGCCCGCGGAGCUGGAACCUGAUCUCGAUGCUGGCGCAGAAUGCGCGCCAGCUGGGCCUGUGUUCCGAGGGCAGCGUGUACCUGGUGACGGACCACGAGGAUCCGCUCCGGAUCGGGUCGGUCCCGCGCAUCAGUGCCGGCCGCCCGGACUCGUGGAUCGAGGACGAGGGCCGCCGCCGGCUCUGCUGGAUGGUCUACCUGCUGGACCGGUACACCACCGUCUCGACCGCCAGCUUCGACUUCUGCCUCGAGGAGCGGCUGAUGAACCGCCUCCUGCCCUGCUCGUACGACCUCUUCUCCAAGAACGUGCCCGUCGAGACGCAGGUCCUCAGCCCCAUGACGGCCAACGAGGGCAGCCGGAACGGCGGCGGCGGCGGCGGCAGGAACGGCAGGAACAGCAACACCCACCCUACCCCCUCCUACAUCAUCAACCGCCCCGAGAACAUGGGCAGCUUCUCCUACCACUGCGAGAUCCUCCGGCUCAUCAGCCGCAUCCACAACCUCCUCUGGACGCCGCUCGACGUCACCUCGGGCCCGGACAUGGCCGCCUGGCGCGCCACCUACCGCAUCCUCGACACCUCCCUCGACGCCUGGCUCCAGUCCCUGCCGAGCGAGUACAGCAAGAUCUCGUCCCUGUGCCACUCCGAUCCGGCCUCCCGCGUGGCCAACUGGUUCAUGCUCCACAGCGCCUACGUCGUCGCCGUCGUCCGCCUGCACUCGGCCGCCGCCUACCCCACCGUCCGGUCCCACGUCUUCGUCCCCUCCCACUACGCCAUGCAGAGAUGCCUGUCCGCCGUGCAGAGCUUGGGCGACAUCGCGAGGGACGUGUACGAGGCCGACGGGCUGGACCUCCUGGGCCCCCCCUUUGCCUUCUCCCUCUGGGUCGCCGCCAGGCUGCUCAUCGUCCACGCCGCUACCGUCGGUGGGCCCGUCGAUCCCAAGAUUGACUUCCUCAUACAGACGCUCCAUCACGUCGGGCAGUACUGGGAGCUUGCGGGGAACUAUGCCAAGAUCCUGACCAGGGUUGUUCGUAGGGGGAGUCAGAAUCCCAUGAGCUAUGCUGCCAUGAGGAAACGAGCUCAAGAGAUGGUGGCCAAAACUUCCCAGACACGUCGCUCAGGGAUAGACCAGACAUCAACAAUGGUCGCUUCCCUCGACGACGUGGACGACAUCGACGUCUUCGACUUCUUCAACCUGCCGCGCGCUUCGUACGGCGAGAACUCGGACGCGGCACAGGCGAGGAGCCUCCUCGUCCCGGCUGGCACGUCCGUCACCAACGACGCCAACGGGUCGUCUGUUGUGAAUGGUGGUGCUGCUGGCCUUCCUGAUCCCGAGGUUGACUGGUUACGAUUCGGGACGCCAGCAUUUUCCGGGGUAUAA